CAAACACGCGCUCUGCACCUUCUGCUCAUAGUUAUUAUAUUACACGUAACGGCCCCACUGCAACAGCUCAGUUCUGCAUAUAAAUACAAUGCCUGCCCUUCCCAUGGCUUCUCAUGUGAUCCUUUCUUGCUGCUCUGCCAUCUUCUCCUCAUCCAAAUUUGCUCACUGAAAUCUUCUAUCAAACAAGCCAUUCUACUCGAGUGCCAAAAUGGCAGGUAAAAGGCUUCGCGAUGCAUCCGGUCACGAGCUCGACACAAAGGAGGACAAACGGAUGCGAUCCCUGCCUUCUCUCUCAACUAUAAUUAGGGAAGCUGUGAAGGCACAAUCGGUGCAGAAUUUCUGUAUGGCUUUAGAACCCUUGCUUCGAAGAGUGGUCAAAGAGGAGGUGGAGCAUGCACUAUUUCAAGGGGCACGAGCACUUCAGAGAUCUCCCCCAAUGCAAAUCCAAGUAGCAGAAUCAUCAUCAAGCUUCAAGCUUAUUUUCAGUAAACCACUUUCACUCCCAAUCUUCACAGGGAGCAAGAUAGAAGAUGAAGAUAAUAAUCCACUCCAAAUCCUCCUCAUAGACACAAAAAAUGGGAAAAGGCCCCUCAACCCCCUACCAUCAUCCAUGAAAGUAGAAAUAGUGGUCCUCGAUGGUGAUUUUCCUUCAGAGAAUCAUCACGAGGAUUGGACUAGUGAAGAGUUCAAGAACAGCAUCAUUAGAGAACGAACAGGGAAAAGGCCAUUGCUCAUCGGGGAUGUUCUCGUCAACUUAUUAAGAGAUGGGAUCGCUUCCAUUGGAGAACUUGCAUUCACAGAUAACUCAAGUUGGAUAAGGAGCAGAAACUUUAGACUUGGUGCCAGAAUUGUGAUGGCGAGUAAGGAAGAACCAAGCAUGAUUAGAGAAGCAAUGACAGAACCUUUUGUUGUCAAAGAUCACCGAGGAGAACUGUACAGAAAACACCACCCACCAACUCUUGGAGAUGAGGUUUGGCGACUAGAGAAGAUAGGGAAGGAUGGGGCCUUUCAUAAGAGGCUAGCUGCCAAGGGCAUCAAGACUGUCCAAGACUUGUUGAAGUUAUGGGUUUUGGAUCCUCAUCACCUCAGGGAGAUGCUCGGAGCAGGGAUGUCAGACCGAAUGUGGGAAGUAACCAUCAGUCAUGCGAGGACUUGCAACAUUGAUGACAAGAUCUACUUGCAUCGUGCGUCGAAUUGCACUGUUCUGUUGAACCCCAUAUGCCAAGUCAUGGGGGCUGUUUUUGAUGGAUUAACAUACUGGCCAACCCAGUUUAAUCCUAUGCAGAAAAGUUAUGUAGAACAGCUGGUCUUAGAAGCAUACAGACACUGGGAUAGACUGGAAGAGGUUGAUGGACCCUACAAUACAUAUAGUGCUUUACUGCAAAAUGAGCCAGCCCAGCAAGUUGUUAUGGGGUCCUCCAGGUAUUUGGGUCACGAAGAGAGCAUGAGAAGAGAGUGCAAAAACUGGGAAUUCAAUCAAGUAGGUGGUCUUGUGAGCAAUCCUCAAGUGGAAAUAAGUUGCUGGAUGCAAACAACCACAAAAAUUCAACAGCCAACAGUUCAACAAGGCGAUGCAUACGAUAUGUCAGACUUGUCAUCAGACACGACUCUGUCUUAGAUUUAGUUCAAGCCAUAUCCAUUUGAAUCUCAGCUAGAGACUUAUGCAGUGUGCUAAUAGGAGAAUCCUUGUUACUUGUGUAGUGAAGGAUGUAUUAUAAAUCCCUCCCCAAAACACAGAAAAAAAUGUGUUAAGAACCCCUUUGCACUACACUGGUUGCUGAUUCUCAGAUAUUAA